AUGGGGAGAAGCGCAUGGAGCUGCGGUGCCGUGAUCCUGUUGGCCGUCGUCUGCUCGUGUCGUGCCGCCACUCUGGAGUCUGUCCAUUGGAGCAGCUCCAAUGCAAAAUUUGCUCCAGGUCGGGGUCUGGUCCUGUAUCCUCAGAUAGGAGACAAGAUGGACAUUGUGUGUCCUCGCGCUGACGCCUCCUCCGGGGGAAAGGAGGAGUUCUACAGAGUCUACCUGGUCUCCAGAAGUCAGAUGGCGAGCUGCACCAUUGACAAGACGGACACGCCCCUGCUGAACUGUGACAAGCCUCACCGGGAUGUAAAGUUCACAUUCAAGUUUCAAGAGUUCAGCCCCAACCUCUGGGGUUUGGAGUUCCUCAAGGGGAGGGACUAUUACAUCACCUCCACCUCGACAGGCUCUCUGCAAGGCCUGGAUAAUAACAAUGGAGGGGUGUGCAGGAUCAAAUCCAUGAAGCUGGUGCUGAGAGUCGGCCAGAACUCUUCAGAUCCACCUUCAACACUUCAGGAGUCCCCCACCAGAUUCCCUCCCACACGACCGAAGUCCAAGGCCAAGGACGCCUCCACGAGAGAAAAGGAUAUAAAAAGUAAAGCCGACCCUGGCGGCGGGGACUCUGAACCAGGACUGUUGGUGUGGGUCAUCUCCGGGUGUGUGAUCCUCCUUCUGGUCAUCGUGGUGGUGCUGGUCGUGCUGUGGAGGUACCAUCGGCGCUGCUGCGUCCCAGAUAGACAGCAGUCUGCCUCUAUGUCCCUCAACACUUUGGCUGUUCCGAAGCGCGACAGCAUCAGCAGCGACAACAACGGCUCAGACCGCAGCGAUGUCGUCUUUCCUCUGCGGCCUUCUGACAGCAUGAUCUGCCGUCACUAUGAGCGCGUGAGCAGUGACUAUGGGCCUCCUGUGUACAUAGUUCAGGAGAUAAUGCCCCAGAGUCCCACCAACAUCUACUACAAAGUCUAA